UUUUGACAAUUUGAAACGUGAAAAACAACAUUAAACCAUUUACUAAUCAUUAAAAAAAAUGUCCAAAUGCAUCCUUCACUUUACAACCUUUAUUAACAAUGAUUGUGAGUUGGUUCGAGUGUAAAAGUGUGUAUUUUGUUUCGAGCCGUCGUCGUCGUCGUCGAGAUUAUUUCAGUGCGAAUUAGAUUUAAAUGGAGUUAUUUGUGAUGUGAUUUAUAGGAAGAUAGAAAGGAAUUUGUAGAUGUGGUAAAGAUUAUAGUAAAUGAUGAUGGACAUGAAUAACAGAGAUAAUAAAUACGCGAUGGACGCACAGGAUUCUUAUGACACCAGACAGGCCAAGCAGCGUGCCAGCGUGAAAUGGCUCCUGGCAAAGGCUUACAACAAUCGGGUGCCGGAAAAUAUGCGAGAGCCUUUCUACAGGGACCACGAGGAUCGUGAGCAACUGCGUCCUCAAAUUGCCACCAGGCUCGCCUCAUGCGAGCUGUACGGCCUGGCGCUGUCCAGCGCCUACGGGGACCCUCUCUGCAGGGUGCUCGGGCACCAGGCCGUCCUUACAGCCCUUGCCAGGAAGGGAUGUCUGGUGCAAUCGAAUAGGGAACUCACUGAAACCGUACUGAUUCAGACAAACCCACUCAGAAUUGAUGCUCACAUGUGCGUGAUAGAAUCCAUAAUGGCGGUGUACGCGAAGGAGGUCUGCUCCAACCAGCGCGUAAGCGCCGCCCUGGACAGAAUGACGCGAAAUGCAGGUGUCAGUAUUAAUAUUGGGGCUGAGGAUGCGCGUUUGACGCCUGUGGCGGGCGUCAUGGAGCACGAGACGGAACUUUUGCGAUGGGUUGACAGGGCGGCGGUCUGUCUGGCCGCGAGAAAUAGACAGAAUGGUGAAGAGAAAGAAAGCAGCAAAUCGUUAUCGGAGUUUCCUCGAGUCAGAGAAUACAAGGACCUUUGUGAUGGCAUCGCUCUGGCAGCUUUGGUGUCCUUUUAUUGUCCCGAUGAACUGCCUGCUGAUAAAAUACAAUUGUCUAAUCUACCAACGGUGCAGCAAAGUGUACACAACUUGUCCUUAGUCCAACAGUUUUCACAGAAUGCACUGCCCUUUUCUGUUUUUCAUAUGACUCCUGAAGAUAUUACAUACAUGAGAGGAGCAAUGAAACAGAACCUGGUCGUGUUCCUCGCAGAUUUGUUCACCGUCUUAGAAAUCCAUCCUGCAAAAUGUGUUCGAUAUGCUGGAUCACACGACGAUUCGGAAUCAUCAUCCUACGUCGAACUGGAGCAGACGACGGCGGUGGUUGUCGCCUCUAGGCGUCUGCCCCUGUGCCACGCCCACCGCAUGCAGAACGAACCACAGAUACCGGAUUUGCGCGGAGGUGCCGGCGGUGGUGCCGGCGGUGCCCAAUUUGUCACCAGCCCGGGAGUAUCGAGAUCCUUAUCAUCUUCACACAUUAUGCGAAGUGUCAGUGUACGUUCCUCGAGUCCUUCGGCAAGCACCAUCUCGGAACCAAACACCACCAACGACUGUGAAUCCAUGUUUCCGGUGCACAGAGGUCGUGCAGUGCCCACUUUAGGCGCUCAAUUGAUGUCAGAGGGAUACAGAGACAUUCCAGCAGGAAGACCAUCGACGGCUUCCACAAACCCAACAUCCCAAUCAGGCAGCCCGAUGCAACCCCAAUCGAGGUCUAGGCGCAACUCAAUAACCGACGACAGGUCACAACUCACCGUCGAAAACUUUGGAGGCUCUCGGGAACAUUUAGACUUUAUUGGCAGGAACAUUGAGAAGGAGGUUGGACAGUCACUCAAUCGCACGGAGCCCAAUUUGGCAGUGCGUUCAACAGUCCAAGACGCAAGAGGUUCCUUAAGGUUGUACGAUAAUGAUACAAUUGGAGAUGGUCAAAGUGCUUUUACAGUAUCUGAUAGAGACCACACUCCGAAAAUUACGCAAAUGGUACCACCGCCAACGCAGACACCACCAAUGUUGCACCAGCGUUUCCAAAGAACGAUGAGUCAAGAAAGGGACGUUCCUGAUGGCGAAACGACGACGUUGGGAUACCGGGAUAUCAAAAAUCCUGAACAAUAUAGAAAAGGUUAUUCAAAUCAAUCGGAUAACAACUUAACAAGUUUCAUGAACACUAGUCAACCAGCCAAUUCGAAUGGAGAGAAACGUACUACGACUUGGCAGCAGCAAAGUUACAUGAAUACUCAAGACGACGAUAGCAAUGAUCCCAAUGGUGGUCAGAAUGCCAACAACGGUGGUGCAGUUGCUGUGCGUUUAAAUGAUAUUAGAUUAAAAUUGGAAGAAAAAAGGAGGAGGAUCGAGUGCGAAAAAAGGGAAAUGGAGAUGGCCGUCUCUGUUAGGCGGAGACGUCUUGGUGAAAAGGCUUUUCUUAGACACGUUUCUAAGAGUAAAAGUGCAACAGACACUACCGAAAUGGCAGACUCUAUCGAAAUGGGACAUAACAAGGAACAGGAUAUAAGCGAAGAGCCACAGUACUUUGUUGAAAAUCGAAGGACACCAGACAGUGCUGAUAAUAUCGAUUUGGAACAGUAUCAACACUCAAUCGCACAAAUGAACUAUAGUUUGCAAGAUAUUCAAUCCGAUAUCCAACGCUUAGCAACUCAACAAGAUCAAAUUAGGAAUCAAAGUUAUAUGCAACAACAACAGCAGCAGCAGCAACAACAGCAACAGCCUUCACAUGCCAUGGAACAAAAUCAGCCUCAAACUCAAUUUUUCCUGCACGAACCAGUCACAACGCACCAGAGGCGAACUUGGGGAUCCCAAUCUAAUUUAAAUUCCUUCCAAAUGCCAAACAACGGUUUCGUCCUCCACGAACCUCAACACCAACCGCAACAACCUCAGCAGCAUUUCAACCAAUUCCAAGCACAACCUCAUCAAUACAACAACCAAAUGCAACCGAUACAAGUCGCUACUCAUUUUGGAAACCAGGGAAACAAUCAGUACGGCAACCAUUUGUUGCAACAAGCACAAACGCAACAGGGGAAUUACAAUCAAGGGAAUUAUAAUAACCAGCCGCAGUAUAACCAGACUUACAGUAAACCGAUGAAUGACUAUAAUCAGCAGCAGAAUAAUCAGUAUCCUAGCCAGCAGUAUCAGAACCAGAAUCAGCAGUAUCAGGAGAGGAGGUAUAGUAACCAGAUGCAACAGCAGCAACAGCAGCAGCAGCAGAAUCAGUUUAAGAAUCUGAACCAAUACUCAAACCAACAACCGAAUCAAACACAGUACACGAACCAGAAUCAGCAAUCCACGAGCCCCUAUGGAGCCCAACCGAGUAGACCUUAUGAAAGUUUCUCAAACGGUGGAGAUGUCACAUCACAUUAUACCAACAUGUCGAUGAACACCAAUAAUAGACCCAUGUCAGGUGAAGGUGACGCCAGACUAAUGCCUUUAAAAUCGCCCCCCAUAGAUGAGAUGGCACCCCAAUCGAUUUCCUUCAUCGGUGAUGAGAACGAAGAGGAUAUCCAAACAACUAGUCGUAGCCCGUACAAAGAUCAGAAUAAUGAAAUGGAGGCCUUAUCCAGGAAUAUCAAUUCUCGUCUUCACAUCACAUCAGGAAGCAGGACUUACAGGAUACCCAGUCCGACGAGGCCUAGUGUUUUACCUAAGGACAAUCAGAAUUCGAUUAAUGAAAAAGGUUUCUAUAUAUCAUUCGAAGACAACGACAACAAACAGCCUAAACGACCAAAACCUCCACUCAGAGCCAAAAGAACACCUUCGACAACACAAAGUCAACAGCAUAGUAAUAACAACAGUAUGCAGAACAACAAUACGCAUCAAAUGGAAACCAAAACUAAUGAUAAAUUCAAUAAGGAUGUGGAGAUGCUGGCUGCCGAAUUGGACAGGGAAAGAGUUAUUGUAAGGGAUAAGAGGGAAACUUUAAGUGCCGAGCCAAAUAGGAAUACAAAUCAAAACGAUGUGAAUCGAGAUAAAAGUCACGAUCAACCUACACCAGCAGCACUCAUCAUAGGAACUGAUCUUGCCAACCCAGAUCCGGAUUCUGUGGACGAAAUGGAAAGAAAGAAAGAAAAGAUUAUGCUACUUUCCUUAAGGCGCAGACAGAAGCAGGAUGAGGACAGGGCCAAACGGGAAGCUGAUUUGGAGAGGGAAAAGGAAAAAGAGAGGGCUGCCGAAGAAGAAAAAUCGAGGCGGAAAGAAGAACAAGCCAGGAGGAGACAGGAAAUUUUGGACAGGCAUAGGUUGAAGAAGGCUAUCGAGGAGGCCGAGAGAGAGGGUAAGGUGAUAGACAAGAACGAGCUCAUGCACUCUCUGAAGAUCACGACGCCAUUGAACGCCGCCAACCAGACCAGCACGACACCCAGGCUCAGAACCAAAACUAAUAGCUCGAGUAGUUCCACGAUAGGCAGCGCAGCCGGUGGCAAACCUAGACAACGUCCUAAGACAAUACAUAUCGAUUCUCAGGAAAUAUCUGAUAGUUUGGCUCUGGUCAACAGUCGGGGGAAGAAGGGAUCGAGCAGCAAUUUGUCAGAUACCGAUUCCGGUUUAGGCCGAGCGACGCCUCCUCGAAGGGCUCCCUCUCCAGGAGUCAGGCAUUUACCUUCGCCUUCAGGUGGCCUUGGUCCAGGUUCUCUGCCUCCUUCUCGAGGCCUGUACAGCAGUGGUCGAAGAGGUGGUCCAGGAAGCAGUGGAGGGUUUGAUGAUGCAGCAAGCGAUGUCAGCAGUGCUGCUGGCAGCCUCAUGAUGGACCACUAUAAUGGUCCAAGGCUCUACAAACAACCCCUGGCCAAAAGUAAUCGUAACAUAAUGCUGAAUGCAGUCGAGUACUGUGUCUUUCCUGGUGCUGUCAACGAGACAGCCAAACGAAGAGUCCUGGACGAGAUGAUGAGAUCCGAGUGCAAACAUUUCCUGAUACUCUUUCGUGAUGCUGGUUGUCAAUUUAGGGCACUCUAUGGAUACGAUACCCAGGAUGGAGAGAUGGGUGGUGCUGCCGGUAUGGGAAUCGAUGAUAAGGUUAUCAAGUUGUACGGGACUGGACCCAAGGUGGUCGAUGAUAAGAUGUUUGAUAAGUUUUUCAAAUACAAUUCCGGUGGCAAAUGUUUCUCUCAAGUGCACACGAAGCAUUUAACAGUAACAAUAGACGCCUUCACGAUUCACAAUUCCCUUUGGCAGGGCAAAAAGGUCAAUUUGCCCAACAAACGCGACAUGACGCUCGUCAUCUGAUCACAUCGAAUGGCAAAUGGAAUUUGGUGGAAUUUAGAGUCACUGAAACCAAACAACUGCAACAAAAAUGAAAAAAUGCAAAAAUGCAAAAACACUAAAGCUAAAGAAAUUAUGAAUACUGCCGCCUAUGCUUAUUAUUAUUAUUAUUAUCAUCAUCAUUAUUAUGAUUAUUAUGAAUUUGAGAUUAACAAUAAUGAAAUAAAUUUAAUAAUAAUUGAUAAUGAACUUUUUCAAUGUGUAUUUGCAUCUCUUUCUGUCUCUCAUGAGAGAGCGAGAUGGAGAGAGAGAGUCAAGGGUGAAAAAUGCAACAAGUUUUUUUUUUAAGUUGAAAUG